AUCGAGUAGCUAGGAAUAUUGUUUUUGAGGUUUAAGAGAGGGGAAGGGUUCUUUUGUUUGUCAAUAUGAAGUUUAUGAAGCUUGGAUCGAAGCCAGAUACCUUUCAGAGCGAUGGGAACAAUGUGAGGUACGUGGCAAGCGAGCUGGCAACCGACGUAACUGUCAUUGUAGGGGAUGUUAUGUUUCACCUGCACAAGUUUCCUCUUCUGUCAAAAAGUGCAUGCUUGCAAAAGUUGGUUGCAAGUGGUAAUGAGGAAAACAAUGUUGUUCGGAUUUUUUACAUUCCCGGAGGUCCAGCUGCCUUCGAGAUAUGUGCCAAAUUUUGUUACGGCAUGACUGUCAUCCUUAAUCCUUACAAUGUUGUCGCUUCUCGAUGUGCAGCUGAGUACUUAGGAAUGCAUGAGACCAUUGAAAAAGGGAACCUAAUUUAUAAGAUCGAUGUCUUCCUCAACUCCAGCAUCUUCCACAGCUGGAAGGAUUCUAUCAUUGUUCUUCAGGCCACAAAAUCUAUGUUACCAUUAUCCGAGGACUUGAAGGUGGUCAGCCUUUGCAUUGAUGCUAUAGCUACUAAGGCUUGCAUUGAUGUUUCCAAGGUCGAUUGGUCCUACACUUAUAACCGGAGGAAGCUCCCUGAGGAAAAUGGGAACGAUCCGAACUCUAAUGGUUUCAGAAGCCGACCUGUGCCAAAGGACUGGUGGGUCGAGGAUUUGUGUGAACUUGAAAUAGAUCUGUAUAAGCGUGUCAUAAUGAAUAUUAAACUAAAAGGAAUACUGUCUCACGAAGUGAUCGGAGAAGCUUUGAAAGCGUAUUCUUACAGAAGGUUGCCCGGUUUCAGUAAGGGCGGGAUCCAUUCAGGGGACGUCUUUAAGUAUAGAUCAACAGUUGAUACAAUUGUUUGGUUGUUGCCUGCAGAGAAAGGAAGUGUAUCUUGCAGUUUCUUGCUGAAGUUAUUGAAAGCAGCCAUUGUUGCUGACUCGGGAGAAAUGGCUCAGGAACAGCUACUGAGGCAAAUAGGACAGCAAUUGGAGGAGGCUUCUGUAAAUGAUCUUUUGAUACGAGCAGGUGAAGAGGAAGAUGUAAUGUAUGAUGUUGUUACGGUACAGAAAAUAGUGAGAGAGUUUCUGAUGCAAGAUCAGAAUGCUGAACUCUCGGAAGAAAAUGAGGUCCAGGAAAUACGAAGACCUGGAAUUUUAACCGAUGCUUCCACGUUGAUAGUGGCAAAAUUGAUAGAUGCAUACCUUACUGAAAUCGCAAAGGAUCCCAAGUUACCCUUGUCAAAGUUUGUAGACCUUGCUGAAAUGGUGUCUUGCAUCUCUCGGCCUGCUCACGAUGGGAUUUACCGAGCCAUUGACAUGUAUCUCAAGGAACACCCAGGGAUCAGCAAGAGUGAGAGGAGAAGAAUAUGCAAGCUAAUGGACUGCAAGAAACUGUCAGUUGAUGCAUGUAUGCACGCCGUGCAAAACGAGAGGCUCCCGAUGCGUGUAGUUGUGCAGGUUCUGUUCUUUGAGCAGGUGAGAGCUACUGCUUCAUCAGGAAGCAGCACUCCCGACUUACCUAGAGGCCUGAAGGAUCUAAAUAUCGGAUCUCAUGGGAGCUCAAGGUCAGCAGCAACCAACCCGGAGGAAGAUUGGGAUGCAGUGGCCACAGCCGAGGAACUCAAGGCCCUGAAAGGGGAAAUAGCUGCCUUGAGGAUGGGCAGCGGGAUAGGAAGGGGUGAAAGAAAUGGGGGAGAUAGCAGAAAUAGCGUCGACAAAGCUGUCAUUAGUAGAAUGAAGGUUUUACUUAAGUCCAAGAGGAUAUUUUCAAAGAUAUGGUCAAGCAAAGGUGAAAACAGUGGUUCGGAUUCAUCGGAGAGUCUCGGCUCGGCCAAUCUUGAAGAAGCGAAAUCAACAACAUCAAGAAAUAGAAGGCAUUCAGUUUCUUAAAGUAGAAAUGUAAGGAAAUCAUAGUAGCUGGCUUUUUGGUGGGUUUUUCUGGGCUGUUACUAAA